AUUGUUCGGGGUCGGAUUAGAUCCCAUCCGUCGCACGGCUUCAUGCCACCCUUUCUCAUCCCAUAGCUUGUUCAUGACUCUCAAGCCUUACAUCUGUCUAUCCACGCCACUCAGUGAUUUCUAUUGCUUGCACAUAUGCUUGUGAGGUGAGACCAUGGAUCCCAGCAGUGAAGGCCUGCUCAGGCCCAAGCGGUCCUCUCAGGACGGCGAUUACGACUCAGAUGAACUGUCCGACCUUGACGCCACAGGAUACCUCGACGAGGAGCCUCUCACCACCGGGGAGUCGUCGUUGCUCCCGGCUAAGGACCGCCAGUCCCGCUGGGCGGCUCGCUGCCAAACAUGCUGCUCGUCGAGAAAGCGCUGCUGCUUCACCAUCGCCACCGUCAUCUUAAUCCUCUGGGCCAUCAUCACCGUGCUGGCGGCGUUGGCUUGGCACAAGAUCAGUACCCCGCCACCUGACGCCCAGUCGCCGCCGUGGUACCCGAGCCCCAAAGGAGGCACCGUGAAGCAGUGGGCGGAUAGCUACAAGAAGGCCGCCGACCUGGUGUCGCGAAUGACACUUCCCGAAAAGGUCAACAUCACUACUGGUACGGGAUGGAGCAUGGGAUUGGCCGUGGGAAACACCGGCCCUGCCCUCAAUGUUGGUUUUCCCGGUCUGGCCCUGCAGGACGGACCAUUGGGAAUCCGACGAGCUGAUAAUGCGACUGCUUUUCCUGCUGGAAUCACCGUCGGGGCUACAUGGAACAAGGACCUCAUGUACGAGCGUGGCAAAGCCCACGCCCUCGAGGCUCGCGGGAAGGGCAUCAAUAUCCUCCUCGGACCCUGCAUCGGGGCUCUCGGAAGGAUGCCCGCUGGCGGUCGCAACUGGGAGGGCUUUGGGCCUGAUCCAUAUCUACAGGGCAUUGGCGGUUCCCAGACGGUCAAAGGGAUUCAGGAUCAGGGCGUCAUGGCCACCAUCAAGCACUUUGUCGGCAAUGAACAAGAGCACUUCCGCCAGCCCUGGGAGUGGGGUCUUCCCAAUGCCUUGUCGUCCAACAUCGACGACCGCACCAUGCACGAACUAUACGCCUGGCCGUUUGCCGAUGCUGUCAAGGCUGGCGUGGCCAGCGUCAUGUGCUCGUACAACAUGGUCAACAACUCAUAUGCCUGUGGCAACUCCAAGCUGCUCAACGGCAUCCUCAAGGACGAGAUGGGCUUCCAGGGAUUCGUCAUGUCCGAUUGGCUCGCCCAGAGGUCUGGCGUGGCGAGUGCGCUUUCUGGCCUGGACAUGACGAUGCCUGGAGACGGUCUCAAGUGGCAGGACGGCGACUCUCUUUGGGGUCCUCGUCUGACGACGGCUAUUCUCAAUGGAUCGUUGCCGGUAGAUCGGCUGAAUGACAUGGUGGUCCGGAUUGUUGCUUCUUGGUAUCAGCUUGGCCAGGACGAUGAGAAAUUGUUCGACAACAAGGGACCGAACUUUUCGUCCUGGACCCACGACCAAGUGGACGUCAUCGCUCCAGGGAGCUCUUCUCCGCAGACCAAGGUCGAGGUCAACAAGUAUGUCAACGUCCAGAGCAACCACUCACUCGUCGCUCGCCAAGUUGCCAUCGAAGGAACCGUCCUGCUCAAGAAUGACGACGGAAUCCUGCCCUUGAGCCGCGACGGAGCCACAAGCUCCUCCAAGGUACAGAAGCGAACCGACAAGCUCCGCGUCGGUAUCUUCGGCGAAGAUGCUGGCCCCGGCCAUGGCCCCAACUACUGCCAAGAUCGAGGAUGCAACCAAGGCACGCUGGGCUCCGGAUGGGGCAGUGGCGCCGUCGAGUUCCCAUACCUCGUCCCCCCUGUGGACUCGCUGCGAGAGGGUUUCAACGACGACAAGGUCAUAUUUACAGAGUUCCUCUCGAAUAACGUGCGCUCCAAGAAAAAUCCCAAGGCAUUUCACGAUCAGGAUAUUUGCCUGGUCUUUGCGAACUCGGACGCCGGCGAAGGGUUUCUCGCCUGGGGCAGUGUUGGCGGUGAUCGCAACGACCUCUAUUUGCAAAAGGGCGGCGAUGAUCUAAUUCUCGAGGUCGCCGACCACUGCGGAGAUGGCUCUGGUUCAACCGUGGUGGUGAUUCAUGCUGUCGGACCCGUGGUCAUGGACAAAUGGAUCGAGCACCCCGGGAUCAAGGCUGUGCUCACAGCUAACCUCCCCGGCCAAGAGAGCGGUAACGCCAUUGCUAGUAUCAUAUUUGGAGACGAAAGCCCCAGCGGCAAGCUGCCCUACACGGUCGGAAAAUCUCUCGAGGCGUACGGCGAGGGAGGGCAGAUCAUGUACGUGCCCAAUGCCGUUGUGCCCCAGCAGAACUUUGACGAGGGGCUUUUCAUCGACUACCGGCACUUUGACAAGUACCAGAUUGAGCCCCGGUUCGAGUUUGGCUUUGGACUCUCGUACACUUCGUUCGAGUACAAAGAUCUCAAGGUCACGCAGCGAAAGAAGAAGUCGGCGCUUCCAGCCAAGCGACCAGAGGCUGCCGUCACACCGCCAAAGUUUGACAAUACCAUUCCCGACGUGAAGGAGGCCCUUUUCCCCGAAGGCAUUCGCAAACUCAAGACGUUUGUGUACCCUUACAUUGACUCCGCCAAAGACAUCAAGCAAGGAGACUAUCCCUACCCCGAUGGGUACGACGUAGAGCAGCCUCCCUCACAAGCCGGCGGCGCCGAAGGUGGAAACCCAGACCUGUGGGAGACAUACGUGACCGUCUCGGUCGUCGUCUCCAACACCGGGUCAAUGGACGGUAAAGCUGUGCCACAGCUGUACCUGUCGUACCCCAAGACUGUACGAGAUGUCGAGUUCCCGGUCCGCGUGCUGCGAGGCUUCGAGAAGCCGUUGAUUAAAAAGGGAGAGAGCAAGACAAUCGAGUUUAACCUGACACGACGGGACCUGAGUUAUUGGGAUGUGGACAGGCAGAAUUGGGUGAUGCUGGUGGAUGGAGAGUACACGAUGGCGGUGGGGGAGAGCUCGAGGGACCUCAAAGUCAAGGGCACUUGGUAGCGUACAGUAAUCCUGUUUCAAGUAAGAUGGCGUGGACCAAACAAAUCUGAUGGAUGACGGUGCACAUCCACAGACCCUGGUAGGGCUGAGGGAAGGAAAUUGCCGCCAAUGAGGUCAGAUUCCAACCAUCUUACCGACCGCGAUGUGCCAGGGACGGGCGAUCUGUCAGAUAGCGGAGAUGGCUGGAAAUGGAAGCUCUUGAGACCACAUCACAUGCGGUCGUCGAAAAAAUUCGCCUUCGAUGAUGAGACGGCACUGGCGGCCGCUUAUCUCGAGCAGAAUCCUUGUCGCGGUGUAGUUGGCCGAACCAAUUGAGUCUUUCUUUGGGGUUUAUGAGUUAUCACCUCCCAUAGUGACGGACCCUAGGGAAAGGUAGUCAUCAC